CAGAAAGUCUGAAAAAUGGAUGGAGAUAACCAAAGUGAGGACUCCGAGUUCCUACUCCUGGGGCUCUCAGAGAGACCUGAGCAGCACCAAAUCCUAUUUUGGAUGUUCCUGUCCAUGUACCUGGUCACGGUGGUGGGAAACGUGCUCAUCAUCCUGGCCAUCAGCUCUGACUCCCGCCUGCACACUCCCAUGUACUUCUUCCUGGCCAACCUCUCCUUCACUGACCUCUUCUUCGUCACCAACACAAUCCCCAAGAUGCUGGUGAACCUUCAGUCCCAGAACAAGGCCAUCUCCUAUGUGGGGUGUCUGACACAGCUCUACUUCCUGGUCUCCUUGGUGACUUUGGACAACUUCAUCCUGGCUGUGAUGGCGUAUGACCGCCAUGUGGCCAUCUGUCGCCCUCUCCACUAUAUCACAGCCAUGAACCCUGGGCUUUGCAUCUUGCUUGUCACUUUGUGUUGGGUGCUCUCUGCCCUUUAUGGCCUCCUCCUCACCGUUCUUAUGACCAGAGUGACCUUCUGUGGGCCCCGAAAGAUCCACUACAUCUUCUGUGAGAUGUACAUCCUACUGAGACUGGCAUGUUCCAACACCCACAUCAUUCACACAGUGCUGGUUGCGACGGGCUGCUUCAUCUUCCUCACCCCUUUAGGAUUCAUGAUCAUGUCUUAUGUCCGCAUCGUCAGAGCCAUCCUUCAAAUACCCUCAGCCUCUAACAAGUACAAAGCCUUCUCUACCUGUGCCUCCCAUUUGGGUGUGGUCUCCCUCUUCUAUGGGACACUGGGCAUGGUUUACCUUCAGCCACUCCAAACCUACUCCAUGAAGGACUCAGUAGCCACAGUGAUGUAUGCUGUGGUCACUCCCAUGAUGAACCCUUUCAUCUACAGCCUGAGGAACAAGGACAUGCAUGGGGCUCUGGGAAGACUCCUAGGGGGGCCAUUUCAGAGCUUAAAAUUAGGAUAA